AUGGCGCUUUCUCUUAGAUUGCACAACCUUCUCUCACCCACCUUCAGACCCAAACCAGCAUCAGUUUCAAAUGCCUCCCUCUCUCCUCCAAACCCAUCUCUCUCUCUCCUCUUCUCUCCUCUCCCACACCUGCCUCUCAGAACCUCACACUCCCUCACCAUUAAAGCCACCUCCUCCUCCUCCCCUUCUUCUCCAACAACGGUUGCUGAUCAACAGGGCAUCAAGAUUAAUCUGGUUCCCACUAAACCAAUCGAAGGCCAGAAGACUGGAACCAGUGGUCUCCGAAAGAAGGUGAAAGUUUUUCAGCAAGACAAUUAUCUUGCAAAUUGGAUCCAGGCGUUAUUUAAUUCAUUGCCUCCCGAGGAUUACAAGAAUGGGCUAUUGGUUUUGGGAGGUGAUGGUCGUUACUUCAAUCGUGAAGCUGCACAGAUUAUUAUCAAAAUUGCCGCAGGGAAUGGUGUUGGGAAAAUUUUGGUUGGCAAGGAAGGAAUUUUGUCAACGCCUGCAGUUUCUGCUGUAAUCCGAAAGAGGAAGGCCAAUGGGGGCUUUAUAAUGAGUGCAAGCCACAAUCCUGGUGGACCUGAUUAUGAUUGGGGUAUUAAGUUUAAUUACAGUAGUGGUCAACCUGCACCUGAGUCCAUAACCGAUAAGAUUUAUGGAAACACCCUUUCUAUCUCUGAAAUAAAGAUAGCAGAUAUUGCUGAUGUUGACCUAUCUACUCUUGGAGUUAUAAAGUAUGGAAACUUCAGUGUUGAAGUUGUAGAUCCUGUUUCUGACUAUUUGGAACUAUUGGAGAACGUGUUUGAUUUCCAGCUUAUCAAAAGUCUUCUACAAUUGGAAUUUAGGUUUCUAUUUGACGCAAUGCAUGCUGUUACUGGUGCUUAUGCAAAACCCAUCUUUGUGGAUAAGCUGGGAGCCAGUCCGGAUUCAAUUUCAAAUGGGGUGCCUCUGGAGGAUUUUGGUCAUGGUCAUCCAGAUCCUAAUCUUACAUAUGCCAAGGAUUUGGUGAACAUUCUGUAUAGUGAAAAUGGACCUGACUUUGGGGCAGCUAGUGAUGGGGAUGGUGAUAGAAACAUGAUUCUUGGUAGAGGCUUUUUCGUUACUCCUUCAGACUCUGUUGCAAUUAUUGCAGCCAAUGCACAAGAAGCUAUUCCAUACUUCCGGAGUGGCCCCAAGGGAUUAGCUCGUUCCAUGCCAACAAGUGGUGCACUUGAUCGUGUUGCUGAAAAAUUGAAUCUUCCUUUCUUUGAGGUUCCCACUGGCUGGAAGUUCUUUGGGAAUCUUAUGGAUGCUGGGAAGUUAUCUAUUUGCGGGGAAGAGAGUUUUGGAACAGGUUCUGAUCAUAUCCGUGAGAAGGAUGGCAUAUGGGCUGUUUUAGCUUGGCUUUCAAUCAUUGCAUAUAGAAACAAAGACAAAAAGCCUGGGGAGAAGUUGGUCUCUGUCUCAGACGUUGUGAAGGAACACUGGGCAACCUAUGGAAGAAAUUUCUUUUCUCGAUAUGACUAUGAAGAAUGCGAGUCUGCAGGCGCCAACAAAAUGGUAGAUUAUCUUAGAGAAUUGAUCUCUAGCAGCAAGCCCGGUGACAAGUAUGGAAAUUAUGUUCUCCAAUUUGCCGAUGACUUUAUGUACACUGAUCCUGUUGAUGGAAGUGUGGUGUCAAAGCAAGGUGUUCGGUUUGUUUUUACAGAUGGAUCAAGGAUCAUAUAUCGCUUAUCAGGAACUGGUUCAGCAGGAGCAACUGUUCGAAUUUACAUCGAACAAUAUGAGCCAGAUGCCUCUAAACAUGAUGCGGAUGCCCAAACGGCUCUGAAGCCGUUAAUAGAUUUGGCAUUGACCGUAUCGAAGCUGAAGGACUUCACUGGAAGGGAGAAGCCCACAGUCAUCACAUAA